ACCAAAAUGUUGAUUCUGCAAUUAAGUGUUUUCUUACUUAUAAUUUCAAUAAGAAUUCAAGCUAAUAGGACAGUGUCUGCCCCUAACACGUCUACCAAGAGAACCUUACAACACUUCGCUACCGAAGAUACGACAACACCUAGCCCCGAAUGGCUAGAAUAUCAACGUGAACGCUUCGGCAACACAAAGGACAUAGAGAGUUUAAAAAAAUUGCUUGAUCCUUCUUCACAACUCUUAAAAAAUAAACCUCUGUUAGAUAGAUCAGACCAGAACGUGAUGAAGCAGGAAGCAACAACAACUCAAAAGGAUAAUGCGCAUAGUGCGACAAUAGUUGAGCAGGUACCAAAUGCGGAUGAACCGCAGAAGGCCGAGGAAGUAAGUGACGACGAGAGAGAAGAAGAUGAAGAGAUAAGAUCUAAACAAGAAAGCACGAAUAUUUUUUCUUAUGUGGUAGAAGGCAUGCAAUAUCCAUCGCUGCGAGGAUUCCUCAAUUUUUUAAAAAGUGUGCAGCGUAGCUGGGUCAAGCAAUCAAGAUUGUCGAUCGAACAAAAAAUUAAUAAAUUAAAGCGAUUGAAAAAUAAAAUGAUGCACUUAAUUGAAGAUCAAUUCAAUAUGAUUUGGACGCCAAAGGUACAUAUGCGCCGCAAACGAGGUUUAUUGGAUGAAUCCAAUCUCAACUUUCCUCCAGAGGCAGCCUUAAUGAGUAUCAACUUUUUGACCUUCGCGGUUUUUUUAAUUAAAUUGGUACUACAAGUGGUGCACAUAAUUAAAAGUAAACAUUACACUCUGAGUGGAUUUGGUUUCAGUAGUGCCGAUACGAUGACAAAAGCUACAUAAAUAUUAAAAAUGUUAUUAGAAAAAAUAAAUAAAUGUGUGACUUAACUUACCAUUAAUCGAUGUUGUAUGUAUUUGCGUUUCAUAUUCACAAAUAAAAUUUACUUCCAAUAGUUUCACAGGAUUAUCGAGCUAGCACUGUUUUUUAUUAUUGAUCAUUGUUAUAUUGUACAUAUGAAUUUAGAUUUAUCUUCAGUUAUUUUAGUUUUUA